UCCUCCUUCCACAUUUCCACUGAAUCCCAAUUCUCUUCUCUUUCGUCUCUCCUUUUUGCUGGCUACAGAAUUUCCUGCUAGCUUUCGGCUGCUUCUUCUCUUUUUGCCUUUUGGCUCACACGAUUUUUCGAGGCUAACUUUUCCAAACAAAACCAGAAAUACAGAGUAAUUAAAAUGAAGCUGCUAUCUAGGAAAGCCACGUGCAAUUCCCACGGCCAAGAUUCAUCGUACUUCCUGGGAUGGCAGGAGUAUGAGAAGAACCCAUACGAUGAGGUUCGCAAUCCGACAGGCAUUAUUCAGAUGGGUCUUGCGGAGAGUCAGCUCUCAUUUGAUCUGCUGGAGUCAUGGCUGGCUGAAAAUCCAGAUGCCAGUGGCUUCACGAGAAACGGGGAGUCCAUUUUCAGAGAACUAGCUCUUUUCCAAGAUUAUCACGGCCUUCCCGCUUUCAAGAAGGCGUUGGCCGAAUUCAUGGAAGAAAUUAGAGGAAACAAAGUCACAUUUGAUCCCAGAAACCUAGUCCUAACUGCAGGAGCAACUUCGGCUAACGAGACCCUCGCGUUCUGCAUAGCUGAACCAGGCGAAGCAUUCCUCCUUCCAACUCCAUACUAUCCAGGAUUUGAUAGAGAUCUCAAGUGGAGAACCGGAGUUGAAAUCGUUCCAAUUCAAUGCACGGGCUCAAACGGCUUUCGAAUUACCGAAUCUGCCCUUGAGGAUGCUUAUCAACUUGCUCGCAAGCAGAACCUCAGAGUCAAGGGCGUCCUGGUCACUAACCCUUCCAAUCCACUGGGAACGGCUCUGAGCCGUCGGGAAUUAAAUCUUCUAGUUAGCUUCAUUUCUGCCAAGAACAUUCAUCUCAUUAGCGACGAAAUUUAUUCUGGCACAGUUUUUAGCUCGCCGAGCUUCGUUAGUGUCAUGGAGGUUUUACUAGAAAGAAAUCUCGCCAACACUCAAGUUUGGAACAGAGUUCAUUUAGUAUAUAGUCUUUCCAAAGAUCUGGGACUUCCCGGUUUUAGAGUUGGAGCGAUUUACUCCAACGACAACACAGUCGUAGCUGCAGCCACAAAAAUGUCGAGCUUCGGAUUAGUUUCUUCCCAGACUCAGUAUUUGCUAUCCGCCAUGCUCGCCGACAAGAAAUUCACAAAGCAUUACAUUUUUGAGAAUCAAGUACGCCUUCAGAAGCGGCACGCAAUGCUCGUUAGAGGACUGAAGAAUGCUGGAAUCAGCUGCCUUGAUAGCAAUGCCGGAUUAUUCUGCUGGGUGGAUAUGAGGCAUCUUUUGACCUCCAAAAGUUUUGACGCGGAGAUGGAGCUUUGGAAGAAGAUAGUAUAUCAAGUCGGGCUUAACAUCUCCCCGGGAUCCUCAUGCCACUGUGCCGAACCCGGCUGGUUUCGUGUGUGCUUCGCCAACAUGUUGGAAGAAACGCUAGACCUGGCAAUGCAAAGGAUAAAGGAUUUUGUGGUAUCAACGGCCACCAAAUCUUCCAACACCGGUCGGAGUCAUCAUCUUUCCAGCAAGUAUUCAGCCCGAAAGUCUCUCAGCAAAUGGGUUUUUCGGUUAUCGUUUCAUCAUGACAGUGAAAAUGAACGAUAGUCCUAGUGUGAACGUAUCGAAUGGUUGACUUUUUUUUUUUUUUUUACUAUUAUUCUUUUUUUUCCUCAAUAUUUAGAUGUUGAGUUUCAAAUUUUGUACUAUUAUUUCAUGCAAAGAGAGUGCACUCGGUCCAUGUGGAUUAGAAGUGGUUGAUUUCUGCUCUAUUAUUUUGUAAAAUCUCAUUUGUGAGGACUUCCACGAUAUCUUCUUGAAUUGUUCAAACCAUCAUUAAUACAAUAAUGUACGUGUCACA